CAUGCUUCAUUCGGGAGAGCUUGUUGAAAUGGCAAAGUCGGCUCAGAGAAGCUUGAACUCAAGUCUACAGAAUCACUUCCUUGCCAUCGAAUCCUACCUCCGCGAUCCGAGCAACUCAGCAUGCCUGUAUGACAUCAGUGCUGUGCAGCGUUUGCACAAUCUCUUCCGCAUCAGUCACUCUUUUGACGAUUUGUCAGAUGCCGAUGUUGAAUUCAAUGGUAGAGUGGCUGCAGCGCUAGAAGUUUGGAUGGAAACCAAUUGCAAGGACAUUUUGGUGUCAAACAAGGAGUUCAACUUUGCUGCAAUGCCUGCAGCAGCAAUCCAUACAGCACUUGCAGUGCACUCCGCACUUGGUAUGUACCCCAAGACUAGCCAAACAUUCGCUCCAGUGCUGGAAGGUUCGAAGAAAAUCUUGCGACAAGCAAGUUGUGCAGCUGACGAAAUUCUGAAGACUGGAACAUUCCAAGAGAAGGAUCAACUUCUAGCUUCCGUACAGAAGUUCACAGCAAAAUCUGACCCACGUCUUUGCGGAGCUCAAGCCGAUCGACGAAAUGCGUUCCAUCAUUGGUGCGCAUGCUCUUCAGUUGUUGCAGGAAGUUCGCCAAAAGAUUGAGGUGUCAGUUGAAGAGGCUGAGCGAAUUCUGUCACACAUAUUGCCGGUGACUCACUUGUCCGACAUGGUGUGGAAGCAAGUUGGGGCGGAGAUCAAGCUUCUGCAGACGUCAAUUGAUUUGCGAAACCAAGACGUAGGAACAGAGAUGGAGCAAGCCAUGGCAGAAUUUGAUUUCAAAGCUGUCAGGAAGUAUUUGAAGCCGCAGGAUCCCAGCAGCACAUUCCAAAAUCAACGGUGCGAAGGGCGAAUCAAGAGUGUCAAGGUGGCCAUGUCAAGCAUGAUUUCUUCUGCCAAAUAUGAUCUUCCAUCAAAUCCGUCCCAAUUUUCGCAGAAGUAUUUCAAGCUUCAGGGUGCAGUAGAGGACAUUGGCGAUUUGCUGGAUGAUGUGCAGCCAGAGGUAGAAAGUCUUGAGAGCUAUACCAACGAAGUCUUCCAGCAAAAGUGCAAUGAACAUGAGCGUUCUGUCCAGGAUUUUCGCACUGCAGACAUCUUUCGAACACGUGCGGCGCUGCAGGUUUUUCAUGCCUGCGUGGGUCCCCCAGUCAACAUCUUGUCUCCAGAAAGCCAGCUGGCUUAUGAAAACGCAUGCAACAGCUGCGAUAAGAUGGUAGAAUCAGUCCGUAACAGUUGCAAAGAGUUGGGCAACGCAUUGAGUGCCCUGGCAUCGGGCAAUGGAGAAAGUGUGGCAAAGGAUGCGAAAGAGAAGCUGCGAGAAGUGCUGAGGUUUCUUGACCACGUGCAACUAUCCCAAGGCACCGGACAGACUGAAACUCUGUACCCUGAGUUGGUGAGCAUGCUGAAAGAUGACUUCGAGGAUUUCCACGCCAAGAUGGAAAAGACACCUGAGGAUGAGAUGAAGUAUGCACUGGCGAUCGAAGCCUAUGACUUUCUCAAUGAUAUGUUCCAGAGUGGAGUCGGGGCCCAUGUUGUGCUGAGCUUUGAUGUUGACGAGUGCUGCAAACGGCUAAAAGAAGCCAAGAAAGGCCAGGACCAAAAGUUUCUCCAGUUCUUGUUCAACAGAGAGAAGAUUGAGCACAUCAAGAAUCCAUUAAACAAUCUGCGCUCACGGCACUAUGACAUGUGGAGGCAAAUCUGGAUUCAAACAACCAGCCCACUGUAUCACGUUCGGGUGGCAGAGGUGCGCAAAGAAGUCCACGCAUGCGUGGAGAUCAUGGAGAGGGAACUGAAAUCUGCCAACUACUUCUCAGUGGGAGCGCAUCUCGAGGCCAUCACCCGCAUCCGGGAUCGGCUGCACGAUCACUUGCCAGAAAAGAGUGUAGAUUCCAUUACGCAAGCCAUCAAAUUAGUCAAGGCAGCCUUUGACAAGAUUGUCCAAGAGACGAUCGAUGCCACUGCGAACCAGGACUGUCAUCGCAUCGACAGGUUUUGCCGGCGAUUUGUGACUGCAGUCCACUACCUGGGGAAGCAUCUUCAGAAAAGCUAUGACAAGCGUGAGCAGGAUAAGCUGCUUCAGCAGUGCGAGCAGGUCCACACAGUCCUGCUGAGUUUCGUGGACAGCAAGUGGCAGGAAUUUGACCAAAGCUUGCGCCGGAUGGAAAUUCGGAAGGC